CGCUGUUUCCUGGACUUAACCUGAGGUGUCUCAGCAGGCCCUAAGAGCCCAGACCGGUAAACAGCACUGUUUCCUGGGUGUGUCAGGAGAGUGUCACCCUGAGCUCCCAGAAAGGGAAUGCCAAACUUCACCCACCACCCCAGCUGGCUCUUAUCUCAGGUGGACAUGGCCAGCAGGGGCCACAUUCGACCCAGAGGCCUAUCCUGGAUCCUGCAACUGACCCUGGCAUGGGUCCUGCUGGGAGCCUGUAGAGGGAGCCGCCCACUUCAAGCUAGGUCCCAGGGACACAAUGGGCUGAAAGCUGAUCUGGGCACAGGCCAGCUGCGCCUGGCAGGACAUUGUUGUCCCUGGGAGAUGGACACACCAGAGACAUCGGGCCCUGAAAUCUUUCCAGAGCGCUGCAGGGCGCCGAGCCCUGGGUGCGAAUCCUUCCUCGGACAACUCCAACUUACUCUCCGCAGUCGCUUCCGCCUGCUGCUAUUGGGGGUACGCCAGGUGCAGCCGCUCUGCGCAGAGCUCUGCCAGGCCUGGUUCGCCACCUGUGAGGCUGAUGUCAUGUGCGGCCCGGCUUGGUUCCCACUCCCAGAAAAGAGGGGCUGUGAGUCUGGCUGCCGUACCUAUGGGCAGCCCCCUGGGAACCUGCAAGAACACUCGUCCUCCCCAACGCUCUGUCCCCAUUCUGGCCCCGCUCUCAGACUGCCGGACCUUGCGCUCCAGCCCUGA